AUGGGCAAGGAAACUAUUACCCUCGCUUCCGGCCGUGAAAUGCCUCUCGUGGGCUUCGGCUUGUGGAAAGUUCCCCGCGAGUCCUGCGCCGAUACCGUCUACAACGCUAUCAAGACCGGUUACCGCCUCUUUGACGGCGCCUACGACUAUCAGAACGAGAAGGAGGCCGGAGAGGGCGUCCGCCGCGCCAUCGCCGACGGCCUUGUGAAGCGUGAGGACAUCUUCAUCACCACCAAGCUGUGGAACAACUACCACCGCAAGGAGCACGCCAUUCCCACGGCCAAGAAGCAGAACGAGACCUGGGGCCUGGGCUACAUCGACCUGUUCCUCAUCCACUUCCCCGUUGCCCUCAAGUACAUUGACCCUGCCGUCAACGAGUACCCUUGUUGGUGGAUGGACAAGGACCAGAAGAUUGUCGAGCCAGACAGCGUCCCCAUCCGCGAGACCUGGGAGUGCUUGGAGACGCUCGUCGACGAGGGCAUCGCCAAGUCCAUCGGCGUCUCCAACUUCCAGGCCCAGUCCCUCUACGACAUCCAGUCCUACGCCCGGCACCCCAUCUCGUCGCUGCAGAUCGAGCACCACCCCUACCUCGUGCAGCCCGACCUCGUGGCCAUGGCCCAGGAGCACAAGAUCGCCGUCACCGCCUACUCCUCCUUCGGGCCCCAGUCCUUCCUCGAGAUCUCCAACAAGCGCGCCCUCGACGCCAAGGGCCUCUUCGAAGUCGACCCCGUCAAGAAGGCCGCCGACAAGCACGGCGUCACGCCGGCCCAGGUCCUUCUCCGCUGGGCCACCCAGCGCGGCGUCGCCGUCAUCCCCAAGAGCAACAGCCAGAACCGCCUGAAGCAGAACCUCGAGGUCAACGGCUUCGACUUGACCCCCGAGGAGAUCGAGUCCAUAUCCGACCUCGACCUCGGCCUGCGCUUCAACGACCCCGGUUUCUACCUGCCCCAGCGCCCUCUGCGCAUCUUCGCCUAA